CAGACCGGAAUUGACUUGGCUAUAGAAAUCACGGGCGGAGCCGGGGCGCUGCUGGGGCCCCGAGGGGAGAAGGGGAGAGCAAAAGCAGAUGCCGGGGAUGCGCUCCCCUCCCCUCUGCCUUGGCGGCGGCAGGGGCUCAGUGCCGGCCGGCGGAGCAGCCCGCCCCCGGGAUGCGCCUCUCGGCGAGGGAGGAGGGGGAGGAAAAGCGUGCGGGAAGUUGCAGCUCGGGAAAGGCAGGGGUUUCGGAAAGGAACUCGUCUUGGCAACUGUGCCAUGCUCCUCUUGUGGCAGGACCUAGUAUGCAACAAGUCCCUGGAGCACUUCCCGUGAGAGCGCAGUGAACGUGACAUUCAAACAAACAAACAAUCCCCCAAAUGCUGACUUACCUGUCCCGAACGUAAAUCUCCAGAGCCGGCUCGUCUUGCACGGCCCCAGGUGCGAGCCGGGAGGUGGAAGGAGGGCGGUGGGAGUCAGGCAGGGCUCGCUGCGUAGCGCGCCCGGCCGGCCAGGACUUUGCUCGGGAACUUAAUGUCCCGCUCCGGUUUCCUGGGAGGCGGCUGCGAUCACGUUUUAUACUGUAUUGGUUGGUAACCCCUCUCAUUCAUUAAGAUCACGUAAGAACUCAGAGGGAAACGUGACUCUGAGCUAAGGCGUUUGCGUAAAUCUAUAGGUUUUUAAAACUCCCUGCCAGUUGCUUUCUGUCUUCUGUAGGCACCAAGGUGGUGGAGAGUUUAAGCUUGCGGAUAUUGCAAAGGGUUAUUAGAUUCAUAAGUCACACCAAGUGGUGGGCGAUCCACUGAGCAAAGCAGAAGUUCUCACAUGAUGACUUCAAACAAGACACAUUACCUUCCAGCAUCUGUUGGGGAGACUGGAUUUUAAACCACUUCUGUCUCCAGGACAGCAAAGAAACAAUGUUCCACCAAGUGAGAAGAGUGAUGACCAUCCUUUUCUUUACUAUGGUUAUCUCAUACUUCACUUGCAUGAAAGCUGCCCCAAUGAAAGAAGCCAGUCUAAGAGGACAAGGCAGCUUGGCUUACCCAGGUCUCCGGACCCACGGGACACUUGAGAGCAUAAAUGGGCCCAGUGCCGGUUCCAGGGGACUGACAUCAUUGGCAGACACUUUUGAACACGUCAUAGAGGAGCUUCUAGACGAGGAGCAGGACAUCCAGCCCAGUGAGGGAAACAAGGAUGCAGACUUGUACACAUCCCGAGUCAUGCUAAGCAGUCAAGUGCCUUUGGAACCCCCUCUGCUCUUCCUGCUCGAGGAGUACAAAAACUACCUGGAUGCUGCAAAUAUGUCCAUGCGUGUCCGGCGCCACUCCGACCCAGCUCGCCGUGGGGAGCUGAGCGUGUGCGACAGCACCAGCGAGUGGGUGACGGCAGCAGAGAAAAAGACUGCAGUGGACAUGUCCGGGGCCACUGUCACCGUCCUGGAGAAAGUCCCAGUGCCCAAAGGCCAGCUGAAGCAAUACUUCUACGAGACCAAAUGCAACCCCAAGGGGUACACAAAGGAGGGCUGCAGGGGCAUAGACAAGAGGCACUGGAACUCGCAGUGCCGAACUACCCAGUCUUACGUGAGAGCUCUCACCAUGGAUAACAAAAAGAGAGUUGGCUGGCGCUUCAUAAGGAUAGACACUUCUUGUGUAUGUACAUUGACCAUUAAAAGGGGAAGAUAGUGGAUUCGUGUUGCAUAGAUUAUAUUGAGACAAAAUUAUCUAUUUGUAUAUAUACAUAACAGGGUAAAUUAUUCGGUAAAAAAUAAUUUUAUGGACUGCAUGUAUGACUGAAGUUUAUACAGUACAGUGGUUACACAAUCUAUUUAUUGAACAUAUCCAUGACCUGGAGGGGAAAGGGGAACAAUAGUCAUUUGCGCACAAGUUUAAACAAAGAAACAAAAAAACAACAAAAAAAAAAAAUUUAAAAAAAAAUCAAGCAAACAAAAAAGUCUGCAUUACAUUCCUCCAUAACAUUGUGGUUUGUCGCCAUUGCCAAGAAUUGAAAAUAUAAAAAAAAUUUUAAAAAAAGGAAUAAAGUUGCAUGCUGCUUCAAUUGUGAAUUAAUGAUAAACUGUCCUCUUUCAGAAAAAUAAAUUAAACCAAAACAUUCUGUUUACAUUUUAGACAGUAAGUAUCUUUAGUCUGUUAGUAUAUAUGUUUACUGCUUCUGACUUCUGAUAGCGUUGAAAUUAAAACAAUGUCAAGGUGCUGUUGUCAUAGUUUUACUGUUCCUCUUUUACUUUUGAACUCCCAUCAGAUUGAAAAACAAAAAAAUCAUUACCUUAUUCUGGAUUAGAAAAAAAAUUUGGUUUUUGUAUGUUGUGAAGGUGUUUGCAAUAGCAGUCCAACUACUGACAAAAAAAUAAUAAAGAGGCAACUGAAAAAGAAUGGUGAUGUUCCACUUCACAUUGCUGAACUUCAGGCUUAAAGACAGCACUUAUUUAACUGUAUGGCAACAUGCUUUAUUGGUUGUUGGGGAGGGUGAUUCGUUGUUGUUGGGGGUUUUUUUGUCUUUCUUUUUCAGUUUUUAGUCUUUUGAGACAUGCAUUUGCUUAUACCAUGUUUGCUUGUGUUUGAGAAAUUUUUUCCCCUUUUCUCCCUCUGGAGGGACAUUGGUUGUGAUCUUUAAGUAUUUCACUUACCAUAGAACUGGAGCUUGUCUUAUAGAGAAUAUUCUAUAGUGUUCAGAGCAAUUAUUUUCCUAUAAUAAAAGACUGUGCUUGGAUCAAAUGUCUUGGUGAAGCACGGUGAGAGUGUCACUAGAAAAAGGGUCUAGAAAAGAGAAUGGAGGGUCUGAAAUCAGGCUGUGGGACUAUAGCUCAGCCAGUUUGGGAACAAAUAACAGUGCUUUCGGUUGGCUGAGGCUGUCCCAGUUGCAGUCAUUACUGAAUGUGGUCCUGUGCAUUAUGUUAGAGAGCAAGAGCUUGGCCAUGUGUGUGGAUGCCCUUCCCCUGCAGAGCAUGCCAGCAGCCCCAGGCCUGCAGAGCUGGUGGGCAAACUCUGGGGCAUCUGUUCCUGAAGGAGCCCUGGAAACCAGCUUGGGAAUGUACAGAGAGGAGCUGCUUCCAGCAGAAAGCAAUCGGCAUUGUGUUCGUACGGCUCCACCUCUGCCGGCAGACUUACCUUGUGAAACAAAUCCUGGCACUAAAAAACCACUCUGGAAGUAAAUGAGGAGCAAGUGAUGGAGGAGUUGUCUUUAGCUUGCUUAGGUCUGAGGGAUGUGUUCACUCUGUGCUCCUCCUCUUCUGACAGAAGUACUGCUAAAAGGGCAGGUUGUGAGGCUGAGAGCUGUGCACAGUACACUGGCCACAGUGGGCUGAGAACUGAAAUAGCUUGUUAGAAAGCUCACUGGAGGCUUAGGCUAUAUUUGUAGAUAAAGGCUAUAUUUCCUGGAGAUAAAGAAAUAGCUGAACAAGUAGAAUACUGCAAAAUAUAAUCUGCUUCUGAAAGCUGUAGAAUCUGUGUUUAUUAAAACUCUGACUAGGCAAAACUUACGGAAAUAUGUUUGCCCCAGUAAUGCUCUUUGAAGAGCAUAUUUAACACUGAUUUUGUGUCAUCGCUGGUAGAAACGUAUGCUGGAAGCUAACAGACACUUUCACAUCAGUGAUUUCUUCCGCUUUGGGUAGAAGGGCAGCCCCUUCCUGAGGGUAAUUGCCUGUCAGAGUGCCAGUGGCCAUGUGCACACCAGAGUGUGAGUGAGAAGAGAGGGUUGUGUGACCCACCUGACCUUCAAACUUCAGCCUUCCCCAUUGAUUGCUGAUGGGCAUUUCCCACACAGGAAAAAAAAAAACGACCAAACAAACAAAAAAAACCCUUAUUGAAAUUCUCAAAACUUCAUCUCAGAUACUCUUCAUGCAAAUUAAAUCAUAGAAUCAAAGACUGUUUUGUGUUGGAAGGGACCUCAAAGAUCAUUUUUAUCAUGGGCAGGUACACCUUCCACCUGACCAUUUCAUUCCCCUGGGGCUACACCUGUGUGUGUUGUAAUUUGCAUUCAGUAAACCCAGCGUGACUCAGGAGUUGUUCUCAGCGGUACUCCUCACCUGCAGCAGAGAAGUGCUGUAAUGUUGGCUCCUCUUAAAACAAGGGCUGGUUGCUGUGAAGGAAAGGAUGAUGCUGAUGUGUGAAUAACAAACAAAUCACUCAUCUAGACUGGAAGAGAUAGCUAGGAUCUGACUGUAGUCUAAUUCACAUACAGGAAUCAAGUAACUGCCAGUUCAAAGAAAUUUCCAGUAACUACCAGUUCAAAGAAAAGAGAAGUGUUAAUGCCCAAAUCAUGCUAGAAAUAAAGCUCCUUACUUCCCAGAGUUAACUGUGGCUAUAUCCUUUACUUGUAAAUACUCAGCUGGCACAGUGAGAGUGGUGCAGGUGUGGCAGAAUGAGAGGAGUGGGAUGGUGGGUUCAGAGGGGUGAAGGACAGCCCGUGGAGCUGGGGGCACUGAGGGUGGAGCUGGGAGCCCAGAGAACUGUGCCUGGUACCUACACCACAGAGAUGUUCUCCAGAACAUGCCAGCUCUAUGCUCAGUAACUGAUCAGUAAUUGAUAUUAUUGAUAUUGGCAAUUAACCUGCAAUAGUGAUUGAUAAAUUGAUUUUAUUGAUAUUGGCAAUUAACCUGCAGCCCCACAGCUCUGCCAUGCCUGACAUUGCACAUCCAUGCUCACAGGCUGGGCAGUUGAAGUUAACACAGAGACAGAGAGGGGAGGGUUGGUUUUCCUUCACAUCACUUCAUUAAACUCUUAAUUAAACUUCAUUAACUCUUGCUGUGGUCUGUUGGUGACAGAAGUAUUCCAUGCAUGUCAGCAGGCCUAGUGCUGUGUUAAAGGACUCUUGCAACUGUAAGUUCAUGUCUGUGGCCUUGUUCUCUAUUAUUCAUCUUGUGUAACAUAAAUAUUUAUUGUAUAUUUAUAUAAUUUUAUGGUUUUUUUGAAAAAUACUGAAAUUGGCAUUAAAAUUUAAAAGCAA